AUGACAAACCUGUUGUCGUCUCUAUCAGCCCUCCUCACCUCCACCCUCAUCAUCUCCGUCGUCUUCGCCAUCAUUCCACUCUGUCACCAUGUGGUUCUGCUGGCCGUCGCUAUGGGCGUGGCCGGAGCGGCCAUGGGCGUCAUAGACACCAUUGGGAACCUGCAGCUGGUGAAGCUCUACCAGAAGGACUCGGCCAUCUUCCUGCAGGCGUUGCAUUUCUUCAUCGGCUGCGGCGCCCUGGUGAGCCCCCUGGUGGUCGACCCCUUCCUGGCAGAAGACAGCUGCGUCCUCUCAGCCAAUCGCACGGCCAACUCGUCGUCCUCGGACCUGGAACACCUCCGUAACACCCUGGCUGGGCACGGAGCGGCGCUGCACAACGCCUCCUGGUACCCUCUCUACACGGAGGGGGUCGUGGUCACCAGGGUGUCGUACGCUUUCUGGAUCAUGGCUGCUAUUAAUCUCCCAGUGCCAGCCGCUGUCCUCGCAUUGAUGUUCCAUGAGAGGCUGGUGUCCUGCUCCAGGGGGAGCCCCCCACUGCUGGACAAGGAGUCCCACACCAGUUCAAGCCCCACAGUCAGGGACGCCUGUCCAGGAUGCGGGGGGGCGUUGGACUUCCUCCGAGGUCAUCCUGCUACUUUCUUCAUCAUUCACGCCCUGGGCGGAGCCAUCGUCUUCAUCACCGAUGGAAUUAUAGGCUGCUAUGCCGGCUUUGUCUACACCUACGCCGUGUCCCCCCCCCUGCUGAUGGGUCAUAAAGCAGCAGGCUGUCUGGACAGCAUAUUUUGGGCUUCGAUCACAGCAGGAAGACUUUGCUUCAUCUUCGUCUCCUACAGAUACGCGCCGCCUGUGCUGCUCACCGUCAGCCUGGUGGGGGUCAUCGUGGUCCAGAGCCUGCUGCUGAUCUUCUACACCAGCCGGGUGUUUCUGUUCAUCGGUACCUGCGUGCUGGGACUGUGCAUCAGCAGCGUCUUCCCCUCCAUCCUGGCUUUCACAGAGGACAUGUUGGAUUAUAAAGGUGCAGCCACCACAGUCCUAGUGACCAGUGCCAGCACAGGAGAGAUGCUGCUCCAGCUGCUCGUUGGAUCGGUGAUCCACAGUGAAGGCAGCUACUCCUUCCUGUUGUCUACGACCAUAACGUCCAUCAUUAGCCUCUGUCUGUUCCUGCUGCUCCUCUACACCCAUCAUUUUCACAGAAACUACCAACCAGAUUCAUCAGGCGCCAUAGACAUGAAAGAGCAGCCAACCGAUGGAGGCUCCUGAUCUUUGAUUCACACAUCGCAGCAGACGAAGGACCCCCCUGUGGCCCCCUAUGGGCCCUCUGUGGCCCCUGGACUGACAUGUGGCUCCAUAGGAGCAGCUGUGAUGGAUUCAUAAAGCAGCAACCUGUCAGAAUAAAAGCAGGACAAUAAGAGGACCAUAAAGUGUCCUUUAUGGCCUUACUACAGACACUUCUAGUUCACUAGCUCUACAGAAUCUUUGUUUUAAUUUGCUAACAGUCUUUGGUACGGAAGAGGAUUAGGGCCACUGAUAAAAAAAAAGUAAACUGAUUUUUAAA